CCCACAUGAAACUCUGCAUAUCUUCUCUCAAAUGCACCGGCAGUCUGUACCUUUCGACUGCUUCUCCAUUCUCUUUACUCUAAAAUCAUGUACCCAAUUGCAUAACCACCCAACCAUUCAACACCUCCAUUCCCAUAUUGUUAAACUCGGGUUUGAUUCUUACGGUUACGUGGCCAAUUCACUUCUCCAUGCUUACGUCGUCGCUUCGUUUGUUGAUGCAUGUCAACUGUUUGACGAAAUGCCUGAGAAGAGCACAGUCACCUGGAACACGAUGAUUUCCGGGUAUUCGAGGAAGGGGAAUGUAGAGAGAGCAAGGCUGGUGUUUGAGGAGAUGCCACUGAGAGAUGUUUCAUCAUGGAAUGCAAUGAUCGCAGCUUAUGUGAACAAUCGCAAACAUGAGCUUGGGUUGUCGCUGUUUCGGGAUAUGGUGAUGGGUGAAGAAGGUGUGAGACUUGGCCAAGUGACUGCAGUAGUGGUUUUAUCUGGCUGUGCUCACUUGGGUUCUGUUGGGUUGUUGGUGGGGAAGUCAGUUCAUGGGUUUGUGGUUAAGAACCGGUGGGAGAUGAAUGCAGAGCUCGGUACUGUUUUGAUUGACAUGUAUGCGAAAUGUGGGUUCAUGAAGGGAGCAGAGCAGGUUUUUGAGUUGAUGCAAGAGAAGAAUGUGAUGGCUUGGACUGCAUUGAUUUGUGGAUCGGCGCAACAUGGCUAUAGCAAAGAAGCAUUGUCUUUGUUUGAGAUGAUGCAAAAUGCUGGUGUUAGGCCUAAUGAACUGACUCUCACAGGAGUUCUUAGUGCUUGUGUGAACUCAGGGCUAGUUGAGGAGGGUGGGAAAUAUUUCAAUCUGAUUGAAAAGAGUGGCUUGGAGGUUAGGAUUCAGCAUUGUGGAUGCAUGGUUGAUUUGUAUGGUAAGGCCGGGAUGUUAGGGGAAGCGUAUGAUUUCAUCAAAAACAUGAGACUUGAACCCGAUAUUACUGUGUGGGGAGCAUUUUUAUCGGCUUGUAAGGAGCAUAAGCAGUUUGAGAUAGCCGAAAGAGUAGUUGAGGAGGUCAUGAAGAUGGUGAAACCAGAGAAUGAUGGUGGGAUUUACUCACUUAUCGCCCAUUUGUAUGUUUUGGGUGGGAAGUGGGAUGAUGCUGAAAGAGUAAGGAGUUUCAUGGUGAAUCACAAGGUGAGGAAGGUUAGGGGCUCUAGUUUUGUAUAA